AUGGAGGGCGGCGGUGACGGAGGCGAGGCGCGAGGCGGCGGCGGCGGCGGCGGCGGCGGCGGCGGCGAACGGCGGCACCGAGUCUCGGUGAGCGGCGGCGGGAGGAGGAGCAGCGGCGGCGCUCGCUCGCUGUUGGCGGGAGCGCUUUUGAGCCUGGGAGCCCAUGCCACUGCGACCGGCGUGCCCGGGAACGGAGAUCGCGCGCGCGCCGCCACUCACGACGCGCGCGCGAUCUUCGCGGAGUCGGGUCCCCAGAGGGAAGCGGUCUUCUCGGCCGACGUCCAGCGGCGCGCAAGGAAGCAGGCGCAGCGGAGGCGGCCUAGCACCGGCUCGGCGCCGGGCGGUUGCGCUGCCCGCGAGCCGCGUCCUGAGCCUCGGCAGCGCGCUUCGCGGCGCGGC